CUGCCAGCGGCUUUUUCCAUUCGAAAGGUUUUUGAUAUUUGAAGAGCUGUGAAUAUGUCUGGUCGUGGAAAAGGUGGGAAAGGUCUUGGGAAAGGAGGUGCUAAGCGCCACCGCAAGGUGUUGCGGGAUAACAUCCAGGGCAUUACUAAGCCUGCUAUCCGCCGCUUAGCUCGUCGUGGAGGAGUCAAGCGUAUCUCUGGGCUGAUCUAUGAGGAGACUCGCGGUGUGCUGAAGGUUUUCCUGGAGAACGUCAUCAGGGAUGCCGUAACUUACACCGAGCACGCCAAGAGAAAGACCGUGACCGCCAUGGAUGUGGUAUAUGCCUUGAAGCGCCAAGGCCGUACCUUGUACGGAUUUGGUGGUUAAAUUGUCCUGAGCUGCAUCAGUACUUUCAGCAGUUUAAAAAAGCUACCCAAAGGCCCUUUUAAGGGCCAC